AUGGAAGGAGCCUCUGAAUCUCGGGGUGUGCAGGGUAGUCAAGACAAGAUGCCAAAACUACAAGACAUUCUAGACCACCACCACUCCAACCCCCAACACAUCUCAGUUCUGAUUUGUGACAAAGAAGACAGUGAUCAAGCCACAGCAUCAAAUGGAAUUAAAUUUGCCAUAGCAGACUCCACCACUUGCUGUGAAUGUAUCAUGUAUGAUGUCUCCAAAUUGCCAAAGAUGACCCUAGGCAGUUCAAUCGCCUUGAUUAAUCCAAUGGUCAAACAGUCACCACAACAACAAAUCCUGAUCCUGAAACGUACCCGAGUCAUUUCUGCAGGGAAAGUCGAAGUUCCAACUGAAAUUGCUGAAAGAGCAAAAACACUUCUGCACCCCCAACCAGCACCAUUCAUUGAGAUCUGUGACAUUCCGACUUCACCAUUAUCCAAGAUGGUAUCUGUGAAGGGCAAAGUUAUUGGUCAAGAGGUGCCACAGACGGUUAUCUCUAAUGGACGUCAAACAAAAGUGAAGAAUAUCACUCUGAAAUCUCACGACAGUACCUGUAGAAUCGCACUAUGGAGGAGCUUUGUGGAUCAAGAAGUGAAAGAUGGUGAAAUACUUCAAGUAACCAACACUGUUACUUCAGAAUUCAGAAAUGAAGUGUAUCUUUCAACAACUGGUCUGACCACUGUAAAGAAACUUGAUAUCACACAGAUGAAAGAAACAACAACAGUCAUUGGUUUCGAAGUUCUGGAGUGGGAUACCAGUGCAUUUCAAGUGACAACAGACCAAGAGAGGUACCCCUCUUAUCUCAUUGAGAAAGAACAAUUGGCUGCAUUGUUCAGUGUACCAGAAGAAGAUGCAGAAAAGACCUUACAACAAAACAUACCAUUCACCUGUAACAUAACCGUAUCUGAUAACAAGAUCACAACUAUCUCCUUUGAUUAA